UUUAUUUUUCAGUGCGCCUUGUCUUUCUUCCCCACAAAGACAAGUACCGUGUCAGUGUACAGUAUUACUACUCAGCGCUUAACCAUUUCCAAUUUUCCAUAAAAAUUUGCAUGUUUCCUCCCUUCUUCACCAUGCCAUUUUUGUUCAUUCAUUCUCUCUCCUAGGUUUUCAUACUUCCAUAUUUCGCGUAAUUCCUUAUAUUUUUCAUCAAUGGAGGAGCAAGCAACUUCAAAUUCAACUGACAUGAAAUUUGCCAGGAUAGUGAUCAACAAAUUCGAUGAAACAGUUGAGAAUUUUCAGUCAAAUGCAUCUUCUAUUCUCUCUCUUACCGAUCAAUGGAGGAGCUUGCAGAGCUCCUUUUCCAUGGCGGAAGCUUCAAUUGCUAGUCGUGCCAGGGAGCUGGAGUCAAAAGAGAGAGAAUGUAGUAAUUUUGUUAAGAGAGUUGAGAAUUUGCAGGUUGAGGUUGAUUCGAGGCGAAAAAAUCUGGAAGUAAGGGAGAAAUCAGCGAGUGAGAGGUUGAAGGAGGUUGAGUUGAGAGAGAAAAUUGUAAGAGAGAUUCACGAAGAGAUAAAAUUGGAGAAGAUUCAGGUUAGAGAGAGUCGUAAGAUGUUGGAGGAGGAAGUGAAGGAGCGUUACAGAGUGUUGGAGGAGAGAGAAAAUGAAAUUGUUGAGCGUAACAGAGUGUUAGAGGAGAAGAUGAGAGAGAAAGAGUUGGAUGAUCAUUGUAAGUCGAAGAUAGGGUUUGAAUUUAGGGAAAAGGAAAUGGAGGAGCGUGAAGAAGAGCUUAAUUUGAGAGAAAAACAGAUUAAGGAGCGCGGCGAGGAGUUGAGGUUGAAGGAGAAGGAAGUGAAUGAGGGUUUCUUGGUUUGUAGGGAAACUCUGAGAUUGAAGAAGGAGAAAUUGAUCGAGAGUCGUCGGGCCAUAGUGUUGAAUGAGAAGAGGUUGAAUGAGCAAUGUGCAGCAUUGGAGGUGAAAACAGAGCAAAUGUUCGAGGAACGUAAGGUGUUGGAAUUGAAAGAGAAGGAAGUGAUUAAGAGUUGUGAAAGGUUGGAGUUGAUGAAGAAAGAAGUUGAUCACAGGUGUGUAGUAGUAGAAUUGAAAGAGAAGGAAUUGAGGGAUGGACUCCGAGCAUUGGAGUUGACACAGAAGGAACUAGAUGAAUGUUUCCGGACAGUAAAAUCGAAAGAAAAAGAAAUGAGUGAGGGGCUUCAAGCAUUGGAAUUGAAAGAAAAACAAAUCAAUGAGGGCCGUGAAAAGCUAGAGUUGAGAGAGAGGGAUAUUGAUGAAUGUUAUCAUAUGGCACAAUUGAAAGAAAAGGAAAUUAGUGAGAGUUUUAAAGAGCUGGAUUUGAUAAAGAAGGAAGUUGAUGAACAUAGCUUAGUAGUACAACAGAAAGAAGAGGAAAUAAAUUACAGGUUUCGACAGUUAGAGAUGCAAGAAAAACUAAUCACUGAAAGUCGAAAAGGGUUGGAAAUGAUAGAGAAGGAAGUUGAUGGACGUUUCCGAGCAGUAGAGUUGAAAGAAAGGGAAAUGAGCGAAGGUCUUCAAGCUCUUGACUUGAAAGAGAAGCAGAAAUAUGAGAGUCAUAAAGGUCUUGAGUUGAUAGAGAGGGAACUGGAUGAGCGGUUUCAAGCUGUAGAAUUAAAAGAAAAGGAAGUGAGUGAAAGUAUUGCAGCUCUUGAGUUGAGUAAGAAGCAAUUAAAUGAGGACUGCAGAAGGCUAAAGUUGAAAGAGUUAAAUGUUGAUGAAUCUCUGAAAAUAAUGGAAUUGGGAGAGAAGCAUAUGGAUGACAGUGUUGAAGCUCUUGAGAUGAAACUGAAGCAACUCGAGGAUUGUUGUCAAGGAAUUGAACUUAAACAUCAUCAAGCAGCAAUAUUCAGAGAGAAACAAUUGAAUGCAGCUCUUGAAGCUCUAGAAAAUAAAGCCAAGGAAAUAGAGGAGUGUUGUAAAAUGAUGGAGCUGAAGGAGAACCAAUUGAAGGAGUGUUUCCAAGGGGUGGAUGCGAAAGAGAAGCAGAUGGGUGAGCGUAUCAGAGCAUUAGAUUUGAGAGAGCAGAAAAUUCAAGAGCAUUGUCAAACUCAGAAAUCCAAAGAGAAACAAAUUGAUGAACAGUGUCAGGCUUUGAAGUUGAAAGAGAAGCAGAUUGAUGAGCGUUGCCAAUGUUUGGAGUUGAAGGAGAAACAGAUUAAUGAGAGUUCUGAGGCGGUUGAACUGAAAGAGAGGCAAUUGAAUGAGGGUCUUCAGGCUUUUAAAUUGAAAGUGAGGCAAAUAGAUGAGAAUCACAGAGAGAUGGAGCUAAAGAAGAAAGAAAUCAUUGAUCGUUUCGAAGCAUUGGAGGUGAAAGAGAAGCAGAUAAAAAGGCGCCAGCGAGUAUUGGAUUUGAGAGAACAGCAAAGCCAUGAGCGUUGCCAAGCUCAGGAAACUGAAGAUAAACAAAUUGAUGGGAGUUUCACUUCUGCGUGUUCAGAAGAGAGUGGCGAGAUCCUGGAGUUCAAAGCGAUGGUGCAGGGAAAAGGUACAUCCAACAACUUGGUGGAUCAUGAUAACGGGAGUGAGGCUCAGAUUAUUCAGCUUUGCAUAGAUAUGAAUGGAAAAGCCUUGCAAUUGUUCCUAAAUGAGAGGGUUAAUGAGCAUGAGUCAAUGAUGGAAGGAAUCAGUAAUGCACUUAAGCUGUCGAAAGACCCAGCAAAGUUAGUAUUAGCAGCUGUUGAUGGGUUUUUCCUGCCCCAUUCAAGCAACAAAUGUGAUAGUUUGGCAUAUGAAGUAAGUGCUAUUAGGAAAAGUUGUGUGCUACUGUUGGAGCUGGUGAUGAACAUAAAACCCUCUAUUAGUGAAGCUGUGAGAAAAGAGGCUGCUAAGGUAGCCAACGAGUGGAGAGAUAAGAUGAGGGUUGAAGGGGAGAGUGAUAUUUUGGUACUGGGUUUUUUGUUGUUCUUGGUUACUUAUGACUUGUGGUCUGAUUUCGAGAAGAAAGAACUUCAGAGACUCUAUAAGACAGUUGAUCAGCAUAGAGUGGCACCACAGUUAUGCCUCAGGCUUGGCAUCUCAAAAAUGAUGAAUAGGAGUUUCACUUGGUCACAAGUUGAAUCUAGGGAGCCUCUGCCAGAGACUUCUCUAGUUGCAAGUGCUGUUGUUUCAUCUUCCAUCAGCCAGUCCAGUGACAUACAAUCUCUGUGUGGAAAUAUGGACACUAUAGGUGUAAGAUCAUAUCUAAUUCAGCAUGUAAAGGAGUUCGAUACGACGGAAGAUAUGAUGUUGGAAUCUCUUUGGUUAGCAUCAGAUCCAGCAAAGCUUGUUCUAGAUGUGAUUCAAAGUUUUUAUGAGUUGAAGUUGGAAGAAGUUUCAGUUGGGGAUUUUACAUCUACCUGCAUGUUUUUGUUAGUACUGUUAAUGAAAUUAAAGGCUGAUAUAUCCUCUCAUGUGAAAGAUGAAGCCACGAGAUUUGCUGACAUUUGGAGAUUUUUGUUGAAGCAGGGCAACACUCCUCGGGAGAAUUUAGGCUUUUUGCAAUAUCUAGCCUCGUACAAGUUAGCAGAGUCCUAUGAUGCAGAUGAACUUCUUUCACUUUUUAUAACCUUCUUUGAUGAGAGUGAGAUUUAUCAGCCCGAGAAAAAUCCGUACUUAUGCCAUGCAUUGGGACUGACAAGGAAGAUCCCAGAUCUUAUCCGAUCUCUUAUAAUGAGCGACAAACAGCUGCUAGCAGUUCGGUACAUAUGCGCACUUAAGAUGGAAGAUGCAUUCCCACCUGUUCCUCUACUGAGAGAACAUAUGAUAAACAUCCUGAAGAGAGUAGAGGAGAUACUCAGGAAAGGCAGCACAACAGCUAAGGAUGAUGCUGCCAAUAUGGAACUGACUGGCCUGAAAGCAGUAGUUAAAUGUAUAUGUGACUUCAAGCUUGAGUCCAGCUAUUCACCCAUAUCCCUUGAAUUUCGCAUCAAACAAUUAGAGAAGAGGAAAGAAAGAAAGAGCAAUGCACAUUUGGUCACAUUAAAGAGUUGUUCCAACUUGGAAAGGAAGGCCUCGGACACUCAAUCUGAGAAGAAACGCCCUGCAAACUUCAAAGUUCCACCUAAAGAAGAAAAGCGUCCUAGGGCGGUUGCUCAUCAUAUGUCAAGUCCCAAUUAUCCUAACCUUCUAUCUAGACAACCUGCCCAUGUGUUUCCCUAUGGAUGUCCUAUUUGGCAAUAUCAAACUCCGCCUUCAAUGAGCUGGCCUGAGUAUAAUUUUGGUGCCUCUCAUACUGUGUAUGGUAUUCCGUAUGAUAGAAACACAGGUGAGUUUGGAGUUGCUGGAAUAUACCCUGCUGGCGCGUGUACAUCUACUAUUAACAGUAGGAGUCAAGCUCAUAGAACAGCACGAUGCAGUGACUCCAUUACCGUACAAACAUAUGGUUACAAGAGAUAAGUUGAAUAUAUAAAUGUUUUUAUCCGUAGAAUUUUGAUCUUACUAACAAUCAGCUGCUAGUUACUUUUCGAAAGUGGUGAUCUUUUGAUUACUUCUAACUUGCAGUCUUGUAAAUCGACGGUGUGAAGAGAUGAGUUUUGUAAAAAGUUAGGUCAAGUAGCACCCUGUGAAUUAAGUGUGAAUAUUAAGUUCAUACAUGAAGUAACUAGUAAUGAAGUGUCUGUAAGUCUCAUGUUGUUGGUCUUUGUAUAUAUUACUCUUAAAACCUGAAAAAAGUGGUAUAUUCAUCUUCUUCAACUUAAA